AUGGACCCCGUCAUCAUAACGCCGGAUGACGUAGCUGAGGCGGUCCGUAGGGCCCCGUAUCGGAAAAGUCCGGGACUCGAUGGACUGCAUCACUACUGGCUGAAGGGGUUCAUGGUGUGUCACGCUGUGCUCGCCCGACAGUUUCAAGAGGCUCUCGACCAUAAUUCGCUCCCGAGCCUCUUCACUACUGGGAUCACUCAUUUGGUUCCUAAAGACCGGGAUUCCACAGACCCGAGCAAAUACCGCCCCAUAACCUGUCUACCUACCAUAUACAAGACACUAACAUCCAUUUUGAGCGCGAGAAUUAUUCGUCACCUAAACUCAAACCAGGUGAUGUCGCGCGCUCAAAAUGGAUAUCGGGGCGGUGGUCGUGGAACCAAGGAACCACUCCUCAUUGACGCGGUCAUUGGCAAGGUGGUUAAACGCAACUGUCGGAACCUCUCCGCCGCCUGGAUCGACUACAAAAAGGCAUUCGACUCGGAGCCUCAUACAUGGCCUAAGAGGGUCCUCGAGCUGUACAAGGUUGAAUGUACAGUUCGAGAAUUUCUCGGGCAGUGUAUGGGGCAGUGGAGUACGAUCCUUUGUCAUCUAGGCGAGCGGAUGACGGCUGCGGAGAACCACAUAAGGAUAAGAAGGGGUAUCUUCCAGGGCGAUUGUUUGAGUCCAAUCUGGUUCUGCCUCUCUCUGAACCCUCUCAGUACCUUACUGUAG